CGCCAUCUUUGGCAGUUUGCUAGCGGCGAUCUGACGAGGUGUCUGUGUUUCGGAUAUACGCGUAACUGGUGUGAAUUCUCAUAUCUCAUCCGUUUUUAUCCUUAAAAAAAUCCGUGUGCAUCCAGGAUGUCGGAACGGGACGACAAUGUUUACAAAGCAAAACUUGCUGAACAGGCUGAACGCUACGAUGAAAUGGUGGAGGCGAUGAAGAAAGUAGCAUCACUAAAUGUUGAGCUCACUGUUGAGGAGAGGAAUUUAUUAUCAGUCGCGUACAAAAAUGUAAUUGGUGCGAGGAGAGCAUCAUGGCGAAUAAUUUCGAGUAUCGAACAGAAAGAGGAGAACAAAGGUGCAGAGGAGAAAUUGGAAAUGAUUCGGCAGUACCGAUCCCAGGUAGAAAAGGAGCUUAGAGAUAUCUGUGCUGAUAUUCUUGGAGUUUUGGAGAAGCACUUAAUUCCAUGUGCGACAACGGGUGAAUCCAAAGUUUUCUAUUAUAAAAUGAAGGGAGACUAUCAUCGUUAUCUGGCUGAGUUUGCGAUUGGCAACGAUAGGAAGGACGCAGCGGAAAAUUCUCUUGUAGCUUACAAGGCAGCAAGUGAUAUCGCGAUGACGGAUUUGCCACCGACUCAUCCAAUUCGUUUAGGACUAGCACUCAAUUUCUCCGUGUUCUACUAUGAAAUCCUGAAUAGUCCCGAUAGAGCGUGUCGCUUAGCGAAGGCUGCUUUUGACGACGCGAUCGCCGAACUCGACACCCUUUCCGAAGAGAGUUAUAAAGAUUCCACCCUUAUCAUGCAAUUGCUCAGGGACAAUCUUACCUUAUGGACCUCGGAUAUGCAGUUGGAUGAGAUUGACUUGAAUGAUUCAUCAACAGGUGAAGGAGAACAGAAAGAACAGUUGCAGGACGUGGAAGAUCCGGAUGUAUCGUAACUUUAGCUACAGUGAGUGUUAUUUGCGUAUACAAAUGAAACACAAGAAAAACAAACUCUUAAUAACGUUUAAGCAAAAGAAAACAAUUGAGCAGGUGGGAGGUCGGGGUGGGGAGGGAAGGUUUUUAGCAAUUGCGUGACCCUAUGUACGCACGUACGGUUACUCCAAAAACAAAAAAAAAACAAUUAAAAGUUAAUAAUAAAUCAUCCAAUCACAUGUUGAGUUAUGGAGCACGCAACAAGAAAAUAAAAAUCAAGUAAUAAAAAAAAACGACACGCACCCUGCGAAAUAGUGAGAUUGCAAGCAUUUAGUGAGGCGAUUUUUUAUAAUUGCCGAUAAAAAAAAAACGCAUCGGAGGAUUUGCAUCGCGUAUGUCCGAAUUAAAAUUCUUGAACGGCUGCAUUUCUUAUUUAUGAGACAUAAAAAAAAAACUUCGGAUAAUUCUCUAAUCUUAAAACUGAAUCAGUGGGAGUUGUCGAACGUUAAAUGACAUCAUCGAUUCAACGUUUUUUUUCUCCUUAGGGUAAAUUCCUUUUAUGUAUUUUUAGAACUUUUAUGAGCUACAUAAAAAAAUUAGAGCAAGUAUUUUGCUGCGGUGAAAACGAUGUCAUGUCGUCGAAUUCGCAUUCUCUUUUUUCUUUUUUUUAUAUAUAUACAAUGUGCAUAGAUUGUCAGUACUUUAUCACCACAGUAUUUCUUAAGUCGCGAAAUAAACAAAUAAAAAAAAAAGAAGAAAAAAAAUAAGCGUAUCACAUCUACGAUCGAUAUCCUAUAUGUAAUUUCUUUUCACUUAAAUUAAACUGAUCUUAUGAUUGGUUCAACGACACAGUUUUCAGAAAAAAAAACAAAAAAAAUUUUCCCCCCCUUCGAAAUAGUCUUCCUGCUGCUUGAUUACAGGUUAUUGUAUUCUGCUUCACAUAUAUAUUUAUAUGUAAAUGUUUUUCAUUAUCUUUCGAAUUUUAUCGGGUUUUUGCCGCUGACGCAUGUUUGUACGAGACCAAGAUAGAAUGGGAAAAAAAAUAUAACUUUGACAGGACUGACUUUUAGAUAAUCGAUUUAUAGAAAAAAUACCCUUUUUUUGAUUUGUGAAAGAUAGUACAGUAAUCUGAGGAAAAAUUUAGAAGCUAAAGGAAGAUGAUAAAAAUGAAAAUUGCUUCGUAAGAUUUUUAUGCUUCACAAAAUUUUUUUUUGGAAGCGGUGAUGUUCGAAUCGAUUUUAGAUUGUCAAAGGAAAUCCUUUCGUCGUUGAAAAUCAACUUCUGUAGAAUUGUAUUGAUACCAAAACUUAGCAUGUUAGUUGACCUGUAACGAGAAUGUACGUUUGCAUACGUCUUUUAUGUAAACUGUAUCGGUAGUUGUGGUACGAGAAAUGACAGAAUAAAUGGCUCUCUGUA